ACAGGCGCUGAGCGCGGGAGCGGGGCCGCUACGUGCGCGGGGCUGCGCUCGUGUGCGCUCGCCGCCGCCGCCGCGCGCCUUUGAGUCAGCAAACUCCGCCGCUGGCCCGCCGGCUGGUGCGAUCUGCCCAGCCCUGCCGGGAGGAGCCGCCCGUAAGUGACAGAAGACCUGCCGCGGAGGCCUCCCCAGCACGGGGAGUGGGCACCUCGGCCGGGGGACUAGCCGACCGCCCCUUCUUUCCCACAGGAAGACGUGGGGCCCUUCCAGCUGCGCGCAGAUUGAUCGUGUCCUGUGAAGAUGUUUCCAGAACAACAGAAAGAGGAAUUUGUCAGCGUCUGGGUCCGAGAUCCUAGGAUUCAGAAGGAGGACUUUUGGCAUUCAUAUAUUGACUAUGAGAUAUGUAUCCAUACUAAUAGCAUGUGUUUUACAAUGAAAACAUCCUGUGUACGCAGAAGAUAUAGAGAAUUCGUGUGGCUGAGGCAGAGACUCCAAAAUAAUGCAUUGCUGGUACAAUUGCCAGAACUUCCAUCUAAAAACCUGUUUUUCAACAUGAACAAUCGCCAACACGUUGAUCAGCGUCGCCAGGGUUUGGAAGAUUUCCUCAGAAAAGUCCUGCAGAAUGCACUUUUGCUUUCAGAUAGCAGCCUUCACCUCUUCUUGCAGAGCCAUCUGAACUCAGACGACAUUGAGGCCUGUGUUUCUGGGCAGACCAAGUACUCGGUGGAAGAAGCAAUUCACAAAUUUGCCUUGAUGAACAGACGUUUCCCUGAAGAAGAUGAAGAAGGGAGAAAAGAAAAUGAUGUAGAUUACGAUUCAGAAAGGUCUACCUAUCACGUUCAUCUCCUGACCUGAAGGAGACCUCCCCUGAAAGCCAUGGUGUGAGAAGCAAUCUUAUUUCUAAGGAACAAUAGACAAAUAUUAACCACUUCUUUGAGAAAAUCAUUUUUAUGUCCACAUGCCCUAUGUUCUAUGUUCAGCCCAGCCUAUAGGCAAGUCCCUUAGUCCUUAGGGUAAAUGUGUAAGAGGGCUUGGAGUGAGGUUACCAGGGCAGGAGGACACCUGAAAACACUGUUGAACCGUUUCAGUGUUGGAAAGAGAAAGACAAAAACAGGUCUACAGGUCAGAGUCAACCUACAAGGUAGUUUAUAAAUUGUAAGGAGCAUCUGCUAUAGACAUGCUGGGACAUGCUGGGACUCACUAACUUGCUGGACAUAAGGAACAGCAGCCAUUGAACUGCUUAGUCAUGUCUGCUUGUAAUUGAUAAAGAGCUGUAAGGGGCACUAGCCAUAGGCAUCCUUAGCAAUGACUGGUUACAAUUGAUGGGGAGCACAGCUCCAUGGACAUGCACAAAGAACACACCCAGCUGCAGUUACAUCACCUCACCGGACAUAACCAAUGGACAUUGAUUUUCACUGGGUGAAACCAAUCACCAACGUACAACAGAAUAUUGAUGAGACUGGCCUCCUUGCUGUCCAUCCCUGGACUGACCUCACCAUUCCCUGAUGUCCAGCCAUCAGCUGGAGAGAACCACCAGACAAUGUCUGUUCUUUGGCUAAGAGAAAUCGUGUGGCAUUGGAGGUAUUUGGGAGCUCGUGGUUGCCCUAGGAUUGUGUGAUUUGCUUAUAGUGUUUAGUUAGUGGGCAUCCAAUGAUAGUUGGGGUGUUCCUACACACCCAACACUUUUUACAUUGAUUGUUUGUAUUUGAUGAUUGGUGUGAUCGAAUAUACGCUUGCAGUUAAAGACAGUCUGCCAGCACCACUCACCACACAAUAUUACUUACAAUAUUACAAUUUACAAUAUUACUGUACUUUAUAUAUUUUUUUUAAAUUAAAAUUUCUUUAACCUUUCAUUCUCUAUUUGAAAUGUGCUUAACAUUAUUAUUUCAUCCUCAGUUUUGCUUCUGUAAUUUCUGGUACUUUUCUGAGUCAAAAGCUUGUUUAUAACUAUAUUAAAUAAUUGACUUCCAAACUCAAAUGUGACAUACGUGGAAAGGCUUUGUCAGUGAUCUGUAUUUUGAGCAAUUUAAUUUAAGGUUAUUUUUAGUGGAUGUAGGUAUUGUAGAGCUUGUGGUUGAGCUUGACCUCCAGAGCAAGAACAAUAACCAAAAAAUGUAACCAUAGUAAAACUUAUUGACUUCUAGCAUUGUGUUGACCUGUAACAGAGCCAGAAAAAAGGAGAGUGUUGGUUAAGGCAGGAGAGAUUGUACUGUCUGUUAAAAGAGAUUGUUUUGAAAUAGAAUGGAAAUAAAAAAGAGGUAGUGUUAUCUGGAGAACACAGAAACUGUAACAAAGAACCCCCAGGUUGUAAUGGCUCAAAUGGGAGGAAAAAAAAUCCAUUUCUCUCAGAUAAUUCUCCAAAGCAGGUGGGCAAUCUUGGUUCCAGGAAGACAUUCAGGGACCCAGGUUGGUGGAAAGGCUGUGCCACCCACAAGGUGUGCUUUCUGAGAUUGGUCCAAUCAGUCCCCUCUACAGCCAGAAAGAAGGAAAAGGAAGAGCAUGGCUGGGGGAGACUCCUUUUAAUUUGUUUUCCAAUAGGAAUUUUUGAAACACACACAAAAAAUAUCAUAUAUCUCCAUAUCCAUAUGCACCCUUCGCUCAGCUUCAACAGUUAUCUUUAUAUGGCCAAAAGGUGUCAUCUGUUUCCUCCAAAGAUGCCCUCCCCCUUUGCUGUACUAUUUAAAGUCAAACCCAGACAUCUUUAAGAUUAUCUGAAAGUUGUCCACAUCACUGUAUGACUCAGUCACACACCACAUUUAGCCACAAACAAAACUGGGCAGUUGUGCCUCUCUUGAAAGUACAGAAUUGGAGGUGGGGAGGAGACUUGAAAAAGAUUAUAGAGAUUGAAAUUAAAUUAUUCAAGAAAAGACCAAAGACAUUUCUACACUGUAGUAAAAUCCAAAUGAUGAUGAUCACAUACUGAGACCUCCUGAGAAGCUACUGUGAGUCUUAUGCUUUUGUAUUUUCAGCAAAUGCAAUAUUUACUGAAUAGAAACAGAAUGGCAAAAUGAAGUGGCUUAGAAAAACACCACAGAAUCUUGCUCUUUUUCUCAGCUGUGUAUAACUAGUUGAGAUAAGGAUUUUAGAGACCAGAAAGUCAAUAUGUGUGUAAAUGAUGAAGAUGGUUUAUUUGCUUCUGCUGUUGGACUCUUAGGUCUUUUCAGGUGUUACAAAAUAUGUGUGUUUGUGAUUUUAUGUAUUUUUGUGUAAUAAAAAGAGAGAACAAGACACCACAGAAUUUAAAUGAACUAGAGAACCAGUUUAGACUAGUUUAAUGAAUUGAUUCAUGUUAACAAACAUUUAUUAAGCAUGUAUAUUCAGAAAAUUGAUCUGAGUCCUCCAGGGGCUAUGAUGAUAAGCAUACAGCCCUUGUUUUCAGGGGACCUCAAUCUGAGGGUAGAUAUACAGGAAAAUAUCUAACCAUGAUUCAAGACAGAAUGUACUAGGUGCCGUAGUUGAGGGCAGUGGGUAUCCUUUGUUUUGCUCACCCCCUGCUCUCUUCUUGCACAUCUCUAGGUGUUUCUCAGGGGCCAUCCCUUCAGCCCUUGUGCCUGUGGUUUGAAUGAAGCUGAUUCAACCUCCAUCAUCAAAGGGGGCUGCAAUCCAAGCCUGGCCAACCAGAGCAAUGGUAUUUUCCUAGCUUUACAUGAUUGGUUCAAAAGUGGGCAUGUGACCCCAUCAAAACCAAUGAUUUUCUUUUUAUCACUGUUAAGAAAAGAAACUGUCUUUUAUCCUCUGGGUUGGUGGGAUAAGAUGCAAACUUGGAACUGUGGGAAGCUAUCUUGCUACCGUCUUGAGCACUGGUGAGAGUGGGCCAGGAUGACACUGUUUAAACCUGCUGGGUACUUCUCUUGUCAAGAACUGCAGUAAGCACAUUAUUCACUGUUUAUUGAUUCACCCACUUGCUCAAUUUGUCUGUGUUGUUGCAUUUAAUCUCUAUAACAUUAAUCUGAGGUGGGUAGCAUUAUCCCCAUUAUAUUAGACAGACCUAUUGCUCAUGAAUGGAAGACUUGGGAUAUAAUUCAGCUGUUUGUCAAUCCUUGAUCACCCCUUCUGUGGUUUCCCUAGAUACAGCUUCUUAAAGAGAAAAUAGCUCUUACAAGACCCGUGUGUUCUCUUAGCACCUAGAAUAGUGCCAUCACUUGGAAGGUACUCCUUAAAUCUUUAUUGACUGUGUGCAUGUUUGUGGGGCAAUGCAUCAUGGUAUUGUUAACCAGAGUGGGGAGCACAGGAAGAAGUGUAGCAGGAACAAGGGCAUGAAUUCAGGUGUGGCAGUGAUGAUUUUGAAAUGUGGCUACAGGAAGAAAUGACAUGCCCAGAGAUGAAAAUGGGGGGAGGAGGAUAAAUUGGCCAUCUUUAUACAAAUAUUAUCUCAGUGAAGCCUUCCUUGGCCCUACAUUGAAGUCUCCUUCUCAACUCCUCUGCCCUUACCCUCUCCAUCCCUUUCCCUACUUUAUAUUGUCUUUAACAAUUAUCACAUACACCUAAAUGGAUAUCUAUUUGUUUCUAUCUCCUCUGCACUCCCAUGAUAAUGGAAGUUGCAGUUGUCUAGGGGGAUAGGCUGUUGUUCAUUGUAUCAUUCCAUAUACUUGGAAUAGUGCCUGGUACCUGGGAGGUACUCAAAAAUAUUUACUGAAUCAAUAAUGGAAGUGGGUGAGAUUGCUCACUGAUGGUAGAUCUAGAAGAGGGUGGACAGACAGAAAAUCCAAGAGUUAGAAAGCAAACCAAUGAAGGACAACUCUGAAGAAUACAGAAGGCAGAAGGUCUCAAAGAGGCAGCCAUGGGCAAUAGGGUCCAAUGUUGUAGAGAGGUCACAUUGGCCCAGACCACCCGAUAUAGAAUGAAUUCUCUUUGGUAGCAUCGUACAGUAUAUGGUAUGUGUUCUAGUCUGUUUCUGCUACUGUAAUAGAAUACCAUUGACUGGGUAAAUUAUAAACAAUAAAGGCUUAUUUUAUUCACAUUACUGGAGGUUGGAAAGUCCAAGAUUAAGAGGCUACUUCUGGUGAGGGCCUUCUUGCCAAGUCAAAACAUGGCAGAAGGGCAAAUGAGCACAUGCAAUACAGAAAAAUUGGACAAAAUUCAUCUUUUUAUUAGGAAUCUGUUUCUAACUAACCUGCUCCCACAGAUUAGCUAACUUAUUCCCAUGAUAGCAGCCUUAAUCCAUUGAUGAGGCUAGAGCUCUUAUCACCUAAUUACCUCUUAAAAGUCCACCUCUCAGUACCUUCAGAAUGGCAAUUAAGUUCCAAGAUCAAUUUUGGAGGAGACUCUCAAAAUAUAGCAGUGUGACAGUGCUUGGGAUUCAGUCAGUCCAGUCCUGUUACUUAUUAGUUAUAUGAAUUUGAAUAGAUCACUGAACUUCUGAGUCUCAGUUCCUUAUCAGUAAAAUGGGUAUAACUGACCAUACCUUCAAACAUAAUUUUGAGGAUGAAUUGAAUUACUGCAUGGGAAAGACAUAUCUCUGUGUGAACCAUUACUAUUAUUAUUGAUUUUCAACGAUUAGAAUAAAUGUAUAGACUAAAGGAAGUCAUGCAGAUGUCUAUAACCUUAUUAAUUGUGAAUAAUUGAUUUUAAGACAAAAUAUAUGAUGAUUCUUGCCAUCAUUUUCAGUCAUCAUGCAAAUUUAUUUGAACGUGAGCACUUGUAUUUAUGAAUUUGAGUUUGAGGCAUUUUCUUUAUCAUGCCGGUUUCUGGUUUUAAAUAUGCCUUCUUGCUUAGGCUGUUUAUGCAAAUGCAAAACCUCAAAGACAAGAAGCAACAUUUCAGUUCGCUGUUAGUUGGGUUGGAGAGCUACCAGCAACCAUUCCCUUCCCCCGCCCCCUGCAGGACAUCUCGGUUUUUUCAUCCUCUGCAGCCAGGAGGUUGCAUUGUAGCCUCUCUUUCUAGAAAAUCCCUGAUUUUAUUUAUGCAUUAGCCUUUGAUGUUGUAGAUUUUGAGUUUGAUUUAGUCCUGGUGGCUGCAAGUUUAACAUUUUCUGAAUAUUUUCAAGCCCACAACCAUAUUUGACAGCAAAGAAGCUGGAAGGAUGAAUAGACUUCCAUGUUGCUUGGUUGUACGUAGGGAGAGGCUGGCAGAAAUUUGCAAGCAUUUGCAUAUAUACAAUUGUCUGUCUGAUGUUUGCUUCCAUGCUUGCUCUCCUCCUCUGCCCCCUGUUCUCUUUGUGCAGUGAAUUACUAAUACAAAUACAGAUAAUGAAAUUUCUGAUCUCAGCCUGCAAAGCAGACAUGCAUUUUGGAAGGUAUCUGGGGAAAAUGGAUAGGCUCUCCUGAUCUUGUUGCUUUAUCCAGACAGGGCAAUGAAGAGGAGAAAGUAAUUACAAAGACUUGUCUUUGAAGGUAGAAUGAGUGGCACUGACAGGGUUUCUUUUCAGGGAAUCUUGUAGAGAUGGUAUUUUCUUGUUAAUACAGGUAGGUAUUAUUCCUGGAAAUGGAGUUUAUGUAUUAAAUGUGUGUUCAGCAGAUGGGACACUGUCCACAGGAAGCAGAACGAGUCUGUCUUUUUGAGUUCAAGGCAGAGUAAGUAUAAGGUAGUGGAAUUUGCCCCCAGCCUGAGGCAGACCCCAGAGCAGCCAUGAUAGUUCAAAUCCCAGAGAGAAGAAUUUGCCAUGAAAGCAAUUUUUUUUUUUUUUAAGCAAAUCACUGCUCCUACUUAUUUAGGAAUGACCAGUUUCUUAAGCAGAAGCAUGACUUAGUUGGGCAACUGGAGGUGGUGACUUUGUGGCCCUAAUUAGGUGGCAGUGAUAUCAGGGAUGCUUAGCUUGCUUGACUACAGAGUGCAUUCCUAUUAACUAUUAGAAAGUUCCCUGGAGAGAAGAUCUCAAGGAGGACCUUAAUUGGAAACUUUUUAGAGUAACAAACAUUUUCUUUUACCUAUAUCUUUGUGAUGGACUUAAAGUUAAUACUCUGGCAAAUAAGCAGCAAAAAUUAAGCCCAUGCUUCGUUAAGCAAAUAAACAAAGAAAUUUUAGUUGUUGAUGCACCUUAUAAUUUAUGGCACAACAUGAUCACCUCUGGUUUCUUAAAAGACACAUUAAUUUUUUCCUUUUAAAAUAAUCUUUGGUGUUACUUAUUAUCCACCUUUUAUCAUGUAUCACGUAGUAAACAUCAAUUCUGUUUGUCUGAAUAGGUUUCUACACAACCCAAGUUUGUGCUGACAGCUUGUAGGAAAAGAACAAAUAUUUGAUUUUUAUUUCAUGUAAAUAUUGCAUGCUGUCAAACAAGAUUGGCUUAAAGAGGCUAAGAUUUUGUCUUUCAUAAGAUUUUUGUCUUUCAUAGCUCACCAAGGGACAGCUAAUCUAUAGCAGAAAUAAUUUUAAAUGUAGAACUGCUGUGUGGAAAACAGAGACCUCCCACUGGUUGAAAUGACAUUAGUGGAAAAAAAUUUUAGCUGAAAAAGGUUAUGAAAUGUUUAUUUUGAUAUACAGCUAAGAUAUGUUGGGAAUAGAAUAAAAACAGAGAGAAAUGGCUUAAAAGACUGUGCUAACAGCUAUUACUCUAUUGGAAAUUAGAUUAGUGGUAUUAUAACACUUUAAAUAGACAUACAUGAAAUGAUAUAACUAUACUAGGACAGGGUUAAAUAAAAUAGCAUUAUUCUGAAUAAGGUCGAAAUUCAGUUCUCAAAGUGACUGACAUGAAGGAACUCAUGGAGCCAUUGUUGGGUUCUUUGCUGUCCUUCGAUUCUCUGUUACCUGUCCUUUACAGCCCAUAAUGAGGCAGGUUGAGGUACACUGUUGCACUUUUGUGGCAGACAGUGAAUGGAAGGAAAUUUCUCUUAAAAGUGAAGACCAUGUUGAUCCCAAGGAUGCUAUUGCACCGACUCUACACUAUGGAGGUUUAAGCUAGUUCGCGAAACUCAUUUGCAGAUGCAAUGGAUACCAAACUGAAAUAUGAAAUAUUCAUUACA